UUUACGAAACAACCCCCGAAAAUCCAUUGGAUCAGGGAAAAGGAAGGAUUACCAAGGAAACUGGAAAGUAGCUUCCAACACCCUAAACUCGGAGCCCCAAACUCCUCACAGAUAGGGUUCAUAAUUCAGAGUUAUGCCUUUUUAAUGCCGCAAUCUGUUGUGGUUCUUGAAAUUAGGGCCUCAUGUUCAUCUCCUGUUGCUCUCAGUACCCUGUUCUUGCACCUUCUCUCUCCAAAUUUCGGGUUCCGAACCGCCCCGGUACCUUUUCUUUAACCCGGAGCUCCCGGAUCUUUGAAUACAAUCCCAAGCUCACGAAGAACAAAUGGAAAAUUUCAUGCUUUAGGCAUGAAGGGGUUUCCCCAGAAAAUCCAAAACCUGUAUACAUUGAGCAUUUUCUGCCUGAAGAAUUAGUGCAGAUCAAGUUCGACAAGUCAAGUGCUCAGAAAAGAGAUUGGAAAUAUACUUUUAAAGAGGCUGCAGAUGCAAUCUUGAGGGCUAUUGGUAGCAGGUGGACUGUACCAUGGACAGCAGAGACCAUUCUGCAGGUUAUGCUUCUAUGGGUAGCUGCAUUCUGGUUCAUUGGGUCUUGGAUGGUUCCUUUUGCUGCUUACAUGGCAGGGUUCAGCAAGGAAUCUCUAAAAUUCAGAGGGCAAGCCUUGGUCAGCCUUGUGACUGACGUAACUGAAGGCCUUGCUGGGAUUGUAAUACUCAACCGCUGCCUGUCUCAAUUUCAUCCCCUUCCAUCAGAUUGGUUUAAAUUUAGCUUGAGAGGGAAGUGGCUUUUUGAUGUUGCUCUAGGAUGCCUCAUGUUUCCUCUCGUCAAUCGAUUAUCACAGUUCAACCUCAACUUGUUGCCACUGAUGCCUUCUACUCCUGUAACCCUUUCAAGUGUUGAGCAAUCAAUUUUAGCAAGAGAUCCGGUGGCGAUGGCACUAUAUGCGAUUGUUGUUUCAAUUUGUGCUCCUGUGUGGGAGGAGAUAGUUUUCAGGGGUUUCCUUCUCCCUUCCUUGACCAAAUACAUGCCUGUAUGGCGUGCAAUACUGGUAAGCUCAGUUUUCUUUGCUCUGGCACAUUUUAAUGUACAGAGAAUGCUACCGCUUAUUUUCCUAGGAAUGGUGAUGGGUGUCGUUUUUACACGGUCAAGGAAUUUAUUGCCUUCUAUGCUUCUGCACAGCCUCUGGAAUGGCUUUGUGUUUUUGGAUUUAAUGAGAUAAUCAAUCCUGUCUUCUAAUAUUCAAGUGAAGCAUAUGCUUCAGGCCGAUUUUGUGGGGUGUGCUUUGAAUGAAUGCGUAGAGAGGUCUGCCAUCUGAAUGCCACCAAGUAACACGAAUGCUGCAUGCCAGCCAGUAGGCAAUUCAGUUGAUCCAGCAUGGCUCGUUGAAUUGCUCCACUGUUUCUGUUUGUCUUAUAACAUGGACCAAGGAAUGAAGAUUUUAUGUGCAGUUUGGCUGAAGGCAACCUACAAUCUUGAAACUGUAAAACUGCGUUUUUAACUUGUUAGGUGAGGACUCUUUCAUCCUUCAUGGUAAAUAGUAUUUCUUUCUUUUCCA